AUGCUCAAGAAGUUGCACAAAGUGGUCCUCUUUGUGAGACUUGUGGGAUACACACUGCGACUUUAUGCGGACUUCUUCUCGCGGUCGUACACGACAAAAAAAAUUACCACUGGUCCUGCAGCGAAGGAUGCCGAGCCGAUUAACAUUGUUGUCAUUGGGGCUUCCUUCGCUGGUUACCAUGCCGCCCGAGUAAUUGCAACUUCACUUCCAGCAGACGGGCCAUACCGCCUGAUUAUCGUCGAACCAAACCGUCACUGGCAAUUCACAUGGACCUUGCCUCGCUUUUGUGUCGUUGAGGGACACGAGCACAAGACAUUCAUCCCGUAUGGCCCCUAUCUGCCGGCGGGCUCCGAGUCCAUCGUGCGAUGGGUUCAUGACCGUGUUUCGACUAUUACGGAGAAAACAGUAACUAUUCAAGGCACUGGCGAAGAGAUUCCGUACUCUUAUAUGGUUAUUGCAACGGGAUCCGGUGUUGGCAUGUCAUUGCCAUCGCGAGUAGGCUCAACAGACAAGGCAGAGGGAGUUCAGUUGCUGCAAAGCUUCCAGCAGCGUAUUAAGGCCGCCAAGAACCUGGUUGUGGUCGGAGGAGGUGCUGCGGGUGUUGAACUUGCCACGGAUGCCAAAGAUCAGUAUCCCGAGAAGAAUGUGACAUUAGUCCAUUCCAGGGAUGCAGUCAUGAAUCGAUUUGGCAAAGAUCUGCAGGCCGGAGCCCUCAAGGGGUUGACGGACCUUGGUAUUGAAGUGAUUCUGGGAGAACGGACGACUACCGACUCUCCUGUGGAUGGCUUCGUUACCCUUCGUUCUGGCCGCAGGGUGGAAUGUGACUUUUUGGUCAAUGCAAUCGGCCAGCAACCUUCCUCUCAGCUUAUCAGCGAGUUCGUCCCCGAGGCAAUCGCCAAAACAGGCCGGAUCAAGGUCAAGCCGACGAUGCAAAUUGAUGCCGACUCGCUUCCUAACAUCUACGUCUGCGGCGAUGUUGCCGAAGCCGGUGUCACUAACCCCAAUGCCCGAGCUGCCAUGAAGCAGGCCAUUUAUGCUGCGGAUAAUCUGGUCUUGGCUCUUCAGGGCAAGAAACCGACAAAUAUCUACCAACAUUACUGGGCGGAUGGUGUUAUCAAGUUGACACUAGGUUUGCACAAAUCCAUCACGGCUUUUGGGAUAGGGGGCACCGAGUUGCUGUUCCACGCGAAGGAGAAAGAGGUCACUCUGAUGAUCGAGCGCGCCUGGACAAACAUGGGGGCCAAGCCUUAUGAGGACAAGGAGUACAAGUCUGGCUAUGCUCAGAACUCGGUCACUGGCAAAGCUCUCGAAGUGGCCAACGAGACUGUGUAA